GGCAUGGCUUUUACUUUGGAAGAGAGACAGCAGUUGAAUAUUCAUGGACUACUGCCACCUUGCUUCCUUAGUCAAGAAGUCCAGGUUUUAAGGAUUCUCACAAAUUUUGAAAGACAGGCAUCUGACCUAGACAGAUACAUUCUCUUAAUGGGCCUUCAGGAUCGAAAUGAAAAGCUUUUCUAUAAAGUGCUGACUUCUGACAUUGAAAAGUUCAUGCCUAUUGUUUAUACUCCCACUGUGGGUCUGGCUUGCCAACUGUAUGGUUUAGCAUUUCGGAGGCCAAGAGGUCUUUUUAUCACCAUCCAUGACCAUGGGCACAUUGCUACAAUACUUAAAUCCUGGCCUGAAAAUGUCAUCAAGGCUAUUGUGGUGACUGAUGGAGAACGCAUUCUUGGCCUUGGGGACCUUGGCAGUUAUGGAAUGGGCAUCCCAGUUGGCAAACUGGCACUUUACACUGCUUGUGGAGGAAUGAAACCUCAGGAGUGUCUGCCUGUAAUGCUGGAUGUGGGAACAGAUAAUGAGGAGUUACUAAAAGAUCCUUUGUAUAUUGGACUGAGACACAAAAGAGUGAGAGGUCAAGCCUAUGAUGAUCUUCUUGAUGAAUUCAUGCAAGCUGUGACUUCAAGGUAUGGGAUGAAUUGCCUCAUUCAGUUUGAAGAUUUUGCUAAUGCUAAUGCAUUCCGCCUCUUGCAUAAGUACCGCAACAUAUAUUGUACUUUCAACGAUGACAUUCAAGGAACCGCAGCUGUGGCUGUUGCAGGUUUCCUUGCAGCUCUACGUAUCACUGAGAACAAGCUGUCAGAUCACAUAAUACUAUUCCAAGGAGCUGGAGAGGCUGCCUUGGGGAUAGCAAAUCUUAUUAUUAUGGCUAUGCAAAAAGAAGGGACAGCUGAAGAUGAAGCUAUCAAAAAGAUAUGGAUGGUUGACUCAAAAGGAUUAAUAGUUAAGGAACGUUCCUCACUAACGGCUGAGAAAAAACGUUUUGCCCAUAAACAUGAUGAAAUGAAAAAUCUAGAAGAUGUUGUCAAAGAUAUAAAACCAUCUGUACUUAUAGGAGUUGCUGCAAUUGGUGGUGCUUUUACAAAAGAAAUUCUCAAAGAUAUGGCAUCCUUCAACAAACGGCCUAUCAUUUUUGCUCUCAGCAAUCCAACCAGCAAAGCAGAGUGCUCUGCUGAACAGUGCUACCAAGUAACACAGGGACGUGGUAUUUUUGCAAGUGGAAGUCCUUUUGACCCUGUCACACUUCCAGAUGGGCGCACUCUCUAUCCUGGACAAGGUAACAAUGCCUAUGUGUUUCCUGGAGUUGCCCUUGGCAUUGUUUCCUGUGGAGUGAGGCAUAUAACUGAUGAAAUUUUCCUCACUACUGCUGAGGUGAUAGCUCAACAAGUUUCAGAGAAACACUUACAGGAAGGCCGUCUGUACCCUCCCUUAAUGACUAUUCAAGAUGUGUCACUGAAAAUUGCUGUGAAGAUUGCAGAACAAGCCUACAGCAAUAACACAGCCUCUUUCUAUCCUGAGCCCAAAGACAAGGAAGCAUUGAUUCGCUCUCAGGUCUACAGCACUGAUUAUGAAGACUUCAUGGCUGAAUCUUAUGCCUGGCCUGAGGAAGCCAUGAAAAUACAAACUUAAUAGAAAAUGAGCAAUGUAUUAGAAAUUAAAAUAAUUCAAAGACUUAGUAUUUUCCCUGCUUGUUCAAUCUAAGAAUUACUAGUUUUUUAAGAUGCAGAACUUUUAAAAACUGGAAUUUUUGCUUAGAAAUUGUAUUCAAAUUAAUUUAGCAGAUAAGGUAACUAUACAUGUAAGAAUAAAAAUUGACGGGCAACAAA